AUGAGUGCACAGCCAGCUUUCAAUGGACCGUGGGGCAAUGGCCCCAGACCCACAAAGGAGCAGAUUGACCGCUGGACGGACAAGAACUCGGCCAAGUGCCUCGAAUACGUCAAACGACACGCAGAGCGCGACGAGGAGAUCCGCAAGAAAAAGCCAGUCGUGAUGGCAGAACUGGGCGCUUACACUGGCUACAGUACCGUGAGGUCGUCGGCAAGGAGUCGCAUUACUACUCGUUUGAAUACUCGCCAGUAUUUGCUGCUCGCGCUCUUGUACUUCAUCGACCACGAGAAGACGGUCUAUUUGUCCGAUCUAAAGCUAAUUAUCGGCAGUCAAACGUUGGCUCCCGGCUCUGUUAUCGCUGCAGACAACGUGGUGAGACCUGGUGCGCCCGACUACCUCGAGUUUAUUGAGAACAACCCUCAAUUCUCGACUGAGCGUCACACGAUCAACUGUGGACGUGACGGCCUAUUGCUGCCAGACCUUUCCAUCGCCACAUUCUUAGGAUAA